CUAGCAUUCUUAUUCCAUGUAACUGUCCCCCAGUUGGCGGGUGCAGUCAUCCUGGGUGUUGGCAUCUGGGUGAAGGUGGACAGCGGCUCCAUCUUGGGCUUCCUGGGCAUGAUUGAAAACGCCCCCGCGGAGCUCGGCCAGGUGCUCAACGUGGGCUACCUGCUGAUCGCUGUCGGAGUGCUUCUCGUCAUCAUUGGUUUUCUGGGAUGCUGCGGGGCCAUCCGAGAGAGCAAGUGCAUGCUGCUGCUGUUCUUCAUCAUAAUCCUGCUCGUUUUCCUAGUCGAGGUCGCGGGAGCUGUGGUGAUUUUGGUCUUUAGACCUUUGGCCGAAGACGUAUUGCGAAGGUUUGGCACCGCAGCGGUCGAGAGCAUCAAGAAGGACUAUGGGAAGAAUUCUGACAUCACCGGACUGUGGGAUACUACAAUGAGCACAUUAAAAUGUUGCGGGAUCUACAACUCCUCAAACUUUGUGGGCUCUCCUUAUUAUGUGGCCAACAACAAUCAGUACCCGCCUCCGUGCUGUCCAGAGACUAAGCCCUGUAAUCAAACAGUGAUUGCCGAUUUCAUG